UGCAUGCAUACCUACCUGCAUAGUACCUACCUCACAUACUACAUAUGUAUACCUUAGGUUUGUAAUGAAUAAUUACAUAAGCGUUUCACCUCUUACACAUAUGUAUAGUAGUACUCGGUAUCCAUCCUGUCCCUUCAAAGUUCAAUGUGCAAAUUUCUUAAUCCUCAAUCCUCAAUCCUCAAUCCUCAGUCCUCAGUCUGAACUUCCGGAAAAUCAAUACUCAGCACUGCGGCCAUACACCAGACCCCUAUUGGUGUAAUCCGAUGCUAACACAUCUCAAUCCCUAUUAGACAAGAAAACGGGUAGUAUUCGGUACAAAAUGUCGACAAACACGCACCGUCCACUGUUCACCAGAUUUAGGGACCUACCUCUCGAGUUACGUCGUGCCAUCUGGGGAUUUGCACUCCCUGACGAUGUACCAGAGAUAUGCAUUCCUUGGCCGGUAGAGGAAGUGCUGACGGAGACGCCUUCUCCUUCCAAGAUCCUCAAGCCCUUUCUCGUUGACACCUGCUUUCCCACCCUCAUGCACGUGAGCCGUGAGGCACGCGAGGUGGCCAUAUCCCGCACAAAGUUUCGCUAUUCGCCACUAGCUGGCUGCAACGUGCCAUUUCGUGCUUUCCGUCCGGACCUAGACAUCCUCUAUGUGAGUCUCUGUCGCCCGCCUACCGACAUCAACGUGGCGCCGAACUGGGGGAUGUAUCCGUCGGGCACGCGGCACGUGGCGCUAGACCUACAUACCCUCAAGGAUGGCAGCUACCUCGGGCUCCUACUCUCGAAUCAGAACUACGACAUACGCACCGUCACGUGUGUGAUGCCGGCCCCACAAGGUGCCAUCGUCGAUACGGCAACGCGCUGCCGCCCACCUGUGCGGCGAUGCCGUAUCCGCCCCGUGGAGGAGCCCACUAACGGCACGCAGAGCUACAUUAUCCUCGUCGACCGCGGGUUCGACAGCCGCAUGACAGGGAUGAGCCGGUACCUGGAGGAAGUGAGCGACUACGCGAGCGGCGAGUUCGUCGUCUUCCUCAACCAAGAACCCACGCACUCUCGAAUCCGGGGAUGGAAUGUGGCGGAGAGAAGAUUCGACGCCCAGUUCCUCGCUGGCACUUUCGAGGAGUACCGCAAGGGCCGCUGGGUCGAUAGCUCCGACCACGCCGUCCACUUCAAGCACACGAACUCCAGCAGCGUCAGGUCGCACCGACCUAGCGAUAGCGAGAACUGGACGCCGCUGAGGAACCCGGAAAAGUUUCGAGUCAACGAUAUUCAGCAGAACGAGGUGCUGAUCUGGGGCUAAGGAGAUAUGUACACUGUACAGAUGGGAUGUGGGGAGCUGCAUGGUUUCAAACU